CUCAUAGAAGAGUCGCUGCGCUCCGGCGGAGAUUAUUUCAGUCGGACUCACCCGGACCGCGAGCUUCUCCUCCUGCUUUUGGACUGAACUUCACAGGACCGCUUCCUCCGGGAUGGCCGCGUCGAUUCUGGAGGAGGAAACACGUUAUGGAUCCAGUCCCUUGGCUAUGCUAACCGCCACCUGCAACAAGUUCGGGAACACCAGUCCAGUCCGAGACUCCGCCACGCCCGGCAAAGCGGGAAGCGCGGCACCAGUUAAGAAAGCCUACAGCAUGACCUCUGAACUCCAGAGCCCUAAGAAUAACGGUCGGGGCAACGAGGGCGUCGCGGACUCUUACAGCGGCUCCUUCAGCUCCGCCGGGGGUUUGCUCACCCCGACCGGCAGCCCUCCUCCUGCUCCCACGGGAGCGUACGGCUCCGAAUACAACCCGUUCUCCAGUUUCCAAACCUCGAGCGCCUCUCAGGACCCUUCGCUCCUGGGAACCAAAGCCACAGCGGACUGCCUGACCAGCGUCAACACCUACUUGGACAUGACGCACCCCUACAGCUCCUGGUACAAGGGCAUCCAUCCCGGGAUCACGGCCGCACCUGCGAACGCGACUUCUUCUUGGUGGGACGUCCACACCAAUUCAAACUGGCUAAGCGCUGGACAGCCUCAACCCGAGAGCCUCCAAGCGCCCUUGCAACCUGUGGCUCCUCAAGCGUCCCUAAACCCGCAGAUGCCUAGUUACACUCCCGAUUUCACACCUCUGAACCCGGCGCCGUACCCGUCCGUAGGCUUGAGUUCGUCCUCGCACCUGCUGCAGUCCUCACAGCACAUGCUCCCGCAGGACAUGUACAAGCCCAAACCCGUAACCACUUCUGGAAUCCUGGACAAUUCCAUGGGGCUCAAACCGGCCCGGGGAACGCCCGGGUACACCGGGGGAUCCACCACCGGGCGGUCGUCUUGCGAUUGCCCGAACUGCCAAGAGCUGGAGAGGCUUGGUGCGUCGGCCGCAUCCCUGCGCAAGAAACCCGUCCACAGCUGCCACAUUCCCGGCUGCGGGAAGGUUUACGGCAAGGCCUCGCAUCUGAAAGCCCACCUGCGUUGGCACACGGGCGAAAGGCCCUUCGUCUGCAACUGGCUCUUCUGCGGGAAGCGCUUCACCCGCUCCGACGAGCUGGAGCGCCACGUCCGCACCCACACGCGGGAAAAGAAGUUCACGUGUCUCCUGUGCAAUAAGCGCUUCACUCGUAGCGACCACCUCAGCAAGCAUCAGAAAACCCACACGGAAGCCAGCCUGCAAGGGAAGGGGCCGGAAGAGGAGGCGGAGCCCAGAGGAACCGAGGAGCCGACGGAUUCCGGCAAAGUGGCUCCUCAGGGGGCCGCGGGCGGCAUGCAGGACCCGACGGUUGGCGGAGAGGACAAGAGCAGCACUGGGAACGGUGUGGACAGCAGCAGCGGGCUGCUGGAGAUAUAAAAGCGCUGUGUGGGGAAUUGGAUGAGGAAGACUCUGACAAGUGGAGCUACUGUUGCAUUGGUGCUAAGCUGCGUAUACAAUGAUAUCCUGUGUUUUUAUUAUGCAAUCUGUGUUUAGGAACUAGUCGAAUGCGUAUCACGGACGUUUGUAGACUGGAAGAUUUUGGGAGAAAAACUCCCAGACAUGAAGAUGAAUAAUUUUACACAAGAACUUCAGACACGUUGGUCUGGAGUGACCUACAUUUUGAAUUCUUAUUACUAUUGAAUUAUUUCUCAUGCUAUAUUUUAGAUUCCUUCUUUUUGACAACUUUUAGAGGCGGCUGUUUUAAGCCCAGCGUUUAGUAGAUUGUUUCUGUCAGCAGAGCAUCUGACAUUUGGGCUUCCAAUCGAUGCACAUUUUGUCCUUGUGAUCUGUUUUUAUUUAAUUAAAAUUGAUUUCUUUUAUUUUUUUAAAUCCUGAAUGCUUUCUUGAGGACUCCUUACUUUGAUUUGAAUUGAUCAGGACAGUAAUCUUCGGUUUAGGCUGCAAAGAGGAGAUCUGGUGUACAGUGAACCCGUAUUCUUUUGUUUCAUUAUCGGUCCUGUCGCUUAUCAUUGUUUUAUUUAAUUUCCUAUUUACAUCAAAUCUAAUUUAUGUUUUAAAUUAUGAGACAAUGUUGUG